AGUUUUUCCCUUUAUCAGUUGUUUAUAUGUUCAGCUGUCAGUCAGUGAGCAAAGAGAUACUGUUGUGAGGUCAUGUUAUUUUGCUUUGCUCGGUAGGAGAACGGGCUGCUUCACAAGCGACUUUUAGUAAACUGCUGUUCCAGCCUCAUUUUCUUUAGCACAAGGAAGAGUUUCAGGGUUGCAUCUUUGCUGCCCUCUUCAUUAUUUGAACACUCUAUAUGUACAAAAUUUCAAAUAUGGAUAGAGGAAAAGGUCUUGCUCGCCUUCUGCUCAUCUGCUCACUCCAAUUUUUUUCGAGAUGCUCAGCCCAUUGCAAGAUACUUAAAAAGAAGAAGAAGGGGGAAAAAAGGAAGGAAGGAAAAAAGAAAGGAUAACAAAGUGAGCCAAGAAAAGGAAGUUGUCUUUAUUUCACUCCUGCUCACAGGACAGAAGAGAGUCCCAUUAAAGUGGAACUAUAUAAAUAUGGGAAAGAUUUCCUGGCUGUGGCUUUCGGUUCUUGUGACAACCAUCUCUGGAAAAGCCAUCCUUGAGCUCACUGGUGACCACGUGGUCAAUGGCACCUGGAAAGCCGCUGUCACGUUGCGGUGUGUAUACGAACCAUCAGCGGAGUUCAAACAGAUGAAAGUCGUCUGGAAAGCAUCUCAGCAGAAUCGUGGCUUUAGGACCAUCUUUGACCAGGAGUUGAACUCUGGAGGUCAAACCUUCACGACGGCUUUCAGGGGCAGACUCAGCCUGACCCAGCAGCGCCCAGGAGAUGUCUCCCUCCAAAUCAAGGAACUGACAAUGACCGACAGCGGAUCUUACGCCUGUGAGGUCACCUGGGAGGCCCGAAACAAGAGUAGGGUAACCAAAGAGAAGACCACCAGGCUCCAGGUGGUGAAAGUUCCAGUGAGCAAGCCAGUCGUCCAGUCCAGUAGCCAGGGAUCCGCCCUGCCCAGGGGGACAAGAACCAGCCUGGAAUGCUCAGCCAAUGGCUCUCCACCCAUCAUAUAUCGGUGGUACAAGGAGGUGCCAGGAGAUCAUCCGGAACGCAUCGGGACCGGGGCCGUUCUGACCUUUGACCCACUGCAAGCCUCCGAUGCAGGAAGAUACUACUGUGAGGUGGAAAACAAGGUCGGAACACGAAAGGAGCGGAGCGAUGUUGUGGAGCUAAGGGUAGAUGAAGAUUCUCUGCCAUUAUCGACUCAUUGGCCGAGCGCCGAGUUUGAGACAAGCACCAGCGCGCCGAAGGAUUCUCCGCCAUUAUCGACUCAUUGGCCGAGCACCGAGUUCAAACAAAGUACUACCAUUGGGAUAGAUCCAGGAGCUGCUUCGUCAACCACUGAAGACCAUCAAAACACUUUGAGAAGGAAUGCUUCUCGGGAGGCCGGCCUCCCUCUUUACAUCAUCAUUGUCAUCGCUGUGCUCUCUGUGGCUCUGCUGCUUGUGGUCUUAUCUGUUGUUUUCUGCAGAAGGAGGACCAAGGGCGAUCACACCUAUGAAGUGGCAUACAAUAACAACCCCAUGGAAGUCGCCACCAGGGGCCAGUGUGAAGAAGGUCUCUACGAGCAGCCCGCCCCCAGAGUUCAUAACAACUACACCGUGGAGCCAGCCAAGGACAGCGAUUACGUGGUCAUGAAGGCCGAUAAUGAAUACGAGUUCCUUGUGAACAAGAUGGAAUCGGAGUAUGAAGUGGGAGGGGUCAAAUGAGGACCUGGCAUGGCCCCAUUUGGAGCAGAGCUGCCGUAGCUGAACUUCUAAUAUUUCCCGUGGGGGGGGGGAAGAAUUCCUCUUCUCCCAUCUCUUUCUGGAAAGGCAGGAGACCCCCACCACCUUUUCAUCUUACUGCUCCUCCCUGGCUUUUGAAGUCUACCAAGACUUUCUCCAUGCACCUGUCAGCCUCUCUUUGCUGUCCUAAGGACUAGAAACCUAGAUCUUCUUUCUGUAUUUAUUGUGCAACACACAGAGACGGACAUUACACAGCGAAGCCUGGCACGGGGAAAGGGUGCCAGGAGGGCUGAUGAAAUCAACCGGGACGUCAUGCAUCCACAGAGCGAGGCUGGCUGCUUUGCGAGAGCUUCUUUCCAUGCCGUUUUGAUAUUUUGACUGAUGGGUGGAGAAAGUCACAACGCUUGUACUACAACAUGUGUGAAAACAGCCAGGGGGUCCUUAAUCCUGGCAGGUUUGGAUUCCUGCCUUGAGCAGGAGGGUGGGACUGGAUGGCCUUCUCAGCCCCUUCUGAAUCCGUGAUUCUGUGAUUCUAAUGGGAACAGGGUGAGGCAAAGCAAACUAAUUAGCAAUCUUGACGAGGUGAGAAAGGAGUGUGUUGUGCAUUCAGAUGCUUUCAGCAUUGGCAGAACCUGCUCUUCUAAUGUCAAACCAUCUAUAAUGUCAGUUCUGAAUAUUACAAUGUGUGUUGCCAGAGAUACUGAUUAUCACCGUGGCUUGCCUAGUAUCGGUCCCUCUAUUGUUGCUGCUUGCUUGUUUUUACUGUUGGUAUUAUGAGCUGCACUUUAAAUAGGGAAUGACUAGAAGUAUUUUAAUACUACCUUCAUUAGCAAAAAAAAAAAAAGUUUAAUAUUCUACUAUUGCUCAAAUUUCUUGUGCUAAUACUCCCCCUUCUGUCUGACAUUAACAAUUUCAACUUUUACAUGCACAAUAAACAUUUUAGCCAGA